AUGAACAAUGGGAUGUGCUCCCUGAUCUCGUUCAGAGAGGGAACGUAUAGUUGCACUUGUCUUCCUGGAUAUUUUGGCGAUGAGUGUGAAAUCUGUAAGUUAACGUAGAAUUACUUUUAGUUAACAAAACACCCUUUCGUGAUAUGAACAAGCUAUUAAAAUUUACAAUAACAACUAACAACCAGCUCAAAUUGUUAGAUACCCAAGCUUCUAGUUAGACCUGUUCACCUCGGCUUUGUGUUAUAUGUGAAUGCAAAAAAGCCGAACUCUUUUGCGUUUUUGUUAAUUCAGAUGCACCAGAGUGCCGGGACUAUAACGUCCUCAGUCAGCCCAAUCGACACCAGUCUUUUGGCCGAGGCACUAACUCAGACAGUAAUCUUGUCCCCGACUGGUAUCGCUUCCAAUCAAGUUCAUACUCAAGAAUGGUAGACAAUUGUAUUCAGGUCCACAGAUGCACUACAGAUAUAACUGGGUGGUUAAAAGGUGGCCACCCUACAUUUAAAGAUGGCAUCGUGGACAGGGAAGCUUGCUUCCACGGAUAG